AUGGAUAAGUCGUGGAUGCACGCCGAUAGAAGAUCAAGGAAGUUUCAGCUAGGACUAGCAAAAUUUUUAAAGUUUGCCUCAGCGAAUGCCAGUAAUGAAAGGAAGAUACGUUGUCCUUGUUUAAAAUGCUGCAACACUGAUGGAUUUUCCAUUGGAGUUAUUAAAGACCAUAUAUUCUGGAAUGGUAUUGAUGAGAGUUAUAAGAAUUGGAGGUGGCAUGGAGAGCCUUCUAUGUCUUACAUGAAUAGUAGAAUGCAAGGCGAAUCUGAAACUGUAGAUUGGGAACCUGCUAGUGGGGUAGGGGAGAAUGAUGUAGAUAUAGGAGGAAGUGAGGAUGAGGAGAUAUCUGAAGACUCAAAUGAGUUUCUAAAGUAUGUGGAGGAUGGUGAUAAGCCCUUGUACCCUGGUUGUACCAAGACAACCAAGUUGAAUGGUUUGAUUCAGACAUUCAAUCUGAAAGCAAAGCAUGGAAUGACUGAUGCUUGCUAUUCCGACAUGCUAAUAAUGAUUGGGGGUUUGCUUCCUGAAGCGAAUGAGGUUCUAGCCUCAUUGUAUGAGGCAAAAAAAAUACUUAGUCAAUUAGGGAUGGAGUACGAAAAGAUCCAUGCAUGUCCUAAUGACUGCAUCUUGUAUAGACAGCAGCAUGUAGAUGCUAUUAUAUGCCCCACUUGUGGUGUUUCACGGUGGAAAUUGGGCAAGGAUAAAAUAGAGAAAGAAGGGAUUCCUGCCAAGGUAUUAUGGUACUUUCCAUUAAUCCCGAGGUUGAAACGAUUGUACCAAUCAGCAAACACAUCUAAGAAUCUGACUUGGCACGACCAUGGCAGAAAAAAAGAUGGGAUGAUGCGACAUCAAGCUGAUUCCCCAACCUGGGAUUUAAUUGAUAAAAGAUGGCCAGAAUUUGGGAAUGAGCCUAGGAACCUCAGACUAGCCCUCUCAUCUGAUGGCUUUAACCCCCAUAGUUCGCUAAGUAGCAGGUACUCUUGUUGGCCUGUUAUACUUAUCACAUAUAAUCUUCCUUCUUGGCUGUGUAUGAAGAGGAAGUAUAUGAUGUUGACGUUGUUAAUAUCUGGACCAAAACAACCUGGUAAUGAUAUUGACGUCUAUUUGCAGCCCUUAAUAGAUGACUUGAAAUUGUUGUGGAAUGGAGUUGAAGGAGUAUAUGAUGCAUUAAGAGGGGACUACUUCAAACUGAAAGCAGUACUCCUCUGGACUAUUAACUAUUUUCCUGCUUAUGGGAACUUGUCAGGUAGCAUUGUAAAAGGUUACAAUGCUUGUCCAAUAUGCGUUGAUCAGACCCGACCACAUAGGUUGAAGAAUGGUAACAAAAUGUCAUUCAUGAGGCAUCGCCGCUUUCUACCUCGACAUCAUCCUUAUCGAAAACAGUAUGCUGCUUUUGACAACACAAUAGAAGAGGACCUUGCUCCUGAACCAUUAACCGGAGACGAGGUGUUAGCAAGAGUAGAGAGUCUGAAUUGUGAAUUUGGCAAAAAGUCUCGCCCUCCUCAUGGUAAAACAAAGGAUGGGGUUGCUGCUCGUUUAGACAUGGUUGAAAUGGGCAUUAGGACUGAUUUGAGCCCUAAAACUGGUGCCAAAAGGGACAAGUUACCUUUGGCUACUUGGAACUUGCUGCUAAAUGAAAAGAAAAUUGUUUGCAGCUCUUUUUUCGAUAUGACGGUGCCUGUCCGGUUUUCAUCAAAUGUUAGAAGUCUUGUCUCUAUAGAUGAUUUAAGACUUGUUGGUCUUAAAUCGCAUGAUUGUCACACCGUCAUGCAAAUUCUUCUCCCUGUUGCUUUACGCUCUGUUCUAGAGAAGCCGGUUAGGUAUGCAAUAAUUCGUUUCUGCCUAUUCUUCAAGGCUAUAUGUUCUAAAGUGAUCGAUGUUUCGAAGCUAGAAAAAAUGCAAGCUGACCUGGUUGUUACAGUUUGCUUGCUUGAGAAGUACUUCCCACCUUCUUUUUUCGACAUCAUGAUUUAUUUAACUGUCCAUCUUGUGAGAGAAGUUGAGCUGUGUGGUCCAGUAUUUUUUCGAUGGAUGUACCCCUUCGAGAGAUACAUGAAAGUGUUUAAAGGAUGGGUGAGAUGUCGCAGGCAUCCUGAGGGGUGCAUAGCAGAGUGUUACAUUGUCGAAGAAGUUGUUGAGUUUUGUGCUGAACGUAUGCUUGAUGAUGCUACUACUGCUGGAAUUCCAGAAAGUUGCAAAUCAGGAGUCCGUACUGCAACAACACCAUUAUCAGGCGCUAGCAUGAUAUCUGUUUAUGGAAAGGAGCUGCAUCAAGCACAUCUUUGUGUCUUACAAAAUACGGAGGAUGCGAUGCCCUUUUUCACUGAACACUUGGAGUUAUUGAAGUUGCUAUUUCCUAAGUUCUCGAAAAACCGAAAGUGGCUGAAGGAUAAACAGAACCAAACAUUUGCUGAGUGGUUAAAGGAGAGGGUAUCAAAUGAACUCAUGUUCGCCAACAAUAAGGUUUCAGAAACAAUGAGGUGGCUGGCAGGUGGACCAAAGAAUGGAGUGCCGACAUUUAGUGGAUACCAGGUUAAUGGAGUUGAUUUCAACACCAAGGAGCGGGAUAAUGUUCGUUCAGUUCAAAACAGUGGAGUGUUUUUGCAAGCUGAUGCAAUGCAAGUUUCUAGUGCAAGGGAUAAAAACCUCAGAACUGAUGAUAUGGACUUCUACGGUGUGAUUAGACAAAUCUGGGAGUUGGACUACUAUAAGUUUAGGGUUCCGAUAUUCAAAUGUGAUUGGGUUGAGAAUGUUAGGGGCAUCAAAGUAGACGAACUUGGGUUUACUUUGGUAAAUCUAAAUAGAAAAGGGCACUUGAAGGAUGCUUUUGUCUUGAGUACACAUGUAAAGCAAAUUUUUUACAUACAAGACCCUCUUGAUGCUCAAUGGUCAGUAGUCAUACGGUGCCCAGAUAGAGACUACCAAGGGGCUGUUGAAGAUGAGGAGCUAGAGGAUAUUGAAAUGGAGCAGCAGCCAUUUAAUGCCACAAUGCCAUCCAUUGAGACUUUUGAUAACAUUGUUGGUGAUGAACCUAGCAGUUAUAUGCGACCUGGAGAUGAAGGAAUAUGGAUUGAGAAGGAAAACGGUUCACAUGGCUGA